ACUAAAUGAAGUACUUUUAUCAAGGCUAACGUUUGAUAACAUGAUUGAAUAGUGAAAUAAAUAAAUCAAAUAAAUUUUGUCCCCAAGUUUCAGACCUCGAGAAUCGAAUCAUUAUCUUGACUCGACUGCUUCACGUUAUCAUAGAGACAGGGUUAGAAGUUAGUGAAAGUUUCUGUUAAUCAUUCAUGCUUUAUCGGAUUGCAUUCUGAUCAAUGGAAUUACAGUUUCGGAACUUUUGCUAUUCGAAACGAUUGUUCGAAGUUGGUUCGUCGAAUUUCACGUUCGCUCGCCGGAAAUGGGUCAGCAAUAAUGGAAAGUUUCACGUGAAGACGUCGUGGCGGUUGGCAAACAGGAAAGUUCGAAUAUCUGCUCUGAACGGGCAUUUGCAUGGAACAAGUCCACGUAUGCGUCGGAAUUCGCUGUUUUCUUCGGCAACAGUGUGUCACGUGAAACUUUUGGAAAAAUAGCACAGGAUCAAGGUUUUCGACGAAUGCAACUACUUGGCGGAAGAGGAGAAAGUCUUAUCUGUUGGAAUAUAUCUUUGGAGACAGUCAAUCUUUAAAGAGCAUGAAAAAACGACUGGCGCUCGACGACCGAGAAGAAGGCCUCGAAAUACCUGAAUUAAUUUCAAGAGACUCUCGAAUCUACUUGCUGCGGAAAGGAUAAGUGUACCACGAAAAUGAAGACGGUGCAUUUGUUACUGAUACUGACAAUUGCCCUGCCAGUCAGAGGGUCUCUCAUGGACUUGGUACGAAACGUGUUCCACAUGGGAAGGAUUGACGUCGAUACCAAUGGGAUCAUGUAUCCUGUGACGUACAGCGGAAGAAGAAGUCAACCUCAAGUUUCAGAUUACUUUCCAUUCCCCUGUAACGUUCAAUUUGGAAGGUCGCUAUCUGUUCCUGAUAGCGUGCAUCGCUUAAGACCAGGAGACAUUGAUAUCGUUGGUGGUCUUGGAGAUUCGUUGAUCGCAGGAAGUGGCGCUUUGGAAGAGUUUGCAAUAGGAACUUUUAUAGAAGCCCGCGGUGUCAGUUGGUGCGUAGGUGGUGAAGGAAAUUGGAGACGAUUCUUAACCGUUCCAAAUCUGCUGAAGGUGUUCAAUCCGAAUUUAACCGGGUACUCGACCGGUACAGGUGAAUUCAUUUCGUCGAAGGCGAAACUAAACAUUGCCUUUCCUGUCGCAGCUACGGAAGAUGCGUUGCAACAGGCACGAAUUCUCGUUCAAAGAAUUAAGAGUGACCCCACAGCAAACGUGAAAAAGAAGUGGAAGCUUAUCACGAUAUUCUUUGGUGCAAAUGAUAUUUGCUCUGCGCAAUGCUACAGUCCCACGCAAUUUUCACCAGCUCGCUACGCUCUUCACUUGCGAAAAGCGCUAGACUUUUUGAAAAUAACUCUACCUCGUACGCUAGUCAACGUUGUGCCAGUUAUAGAUGUUACAGUCUCCGUUAGAGUACCAAGAAGUGCCAUGUGCAAUAUUUUGCAUCCACUAUACUGCGCUUGCAUGCACAAGGGUAGCCGUCCAGACAUUGCAGCCUCAAAAAUGGCGUAUCUUUAUCAGCAAGCGGUAGAAACUCUAAUCUACUCGGGAAGAUACGACAAUUCGCCAGAUUUUACAGUGGUACUGCAACCGUUUAUUAAGCUAUUCAAUGCUCCAAAUGCAGAUCCAAGAAAAGCAUGGCCAAUUGAUCCUAGUUUGGUCACGUACGAUUGCUUUCACUUCAGUCAAAAGGGUCAUGCGUUGGCUGCAAACCUCCUCUGGAACAACAUGCUGGAACCAGUCGGAAACAAAACGGAUCGGGGUCUUCCUGAAAUAUUCGAAAGGAUAUUGUGCCCAACAGAGAAAGCGCCAUACAUUUUCACGAACGUCAAUUCAAGAUAUUUCCAACUGACAGGCAGCCAGGAAGAAAUCGUGCCCAGAUAACGGAUCGAGUAUCGACGAUAGCCAUGUUUCCGUUUGUGAUAAUUAUCUCCCCGCGAUUAGAAUAACAAAUUCCAUAACGUUAAUGGAAACUUUGACGCACACGGUUUCCCGUGAACGUAAUGUAAAGAGUCUUUUAAUAACGGCUACCGAAUGCUUUUCGCAACUAAAGUAUAUGUAUACACUAUGCAACAAAAUUAUCGCAACGAAAUAUUUCAUCAAAAUUUUUUUUUUUAUUACAUGUUUAACGUCGCAUCAACCUUUGGUUAUUAUUAGCGACAAUUUCUUAUGAGGUUUUCUCCAAUGUUAAAUGUUGGUCCAUAUAUGUGCAUCUUGAAGUAGCUGGAUUAUUUUGUUUAAGUCUUCAUUCGUGCUCCACGCUUCCUUUAAACUAGUGGGUAGUUCGUAUUGUAUUCAGCGUGGUUCCGUAUUUUUACAGGUAAAUAUUGUGCGUUCUAUUGUUGGAAUUUAAAAAUUCUUUGUUUUAUGUAGUUAUUCUUUUUUUCCGAAGUAGAAUAAUCGAAAUUGAAUUACAUGUAAUACAUUCGCCGUUCCGCUCUUAUCCUUGGAUCCAUUUCCUGCCCCUGAACCGAUCGGUCUCCUUCGCUUCUUGACACUCUCUGCCAUACCGACUGAUCUACACUUUCAGCUUCUUUACUUUUAUUUCUGCUUCUAAUCUCACUUUGCCUUCCUUUCUUCUAUUCGUUUCUUUUCCUUUAUUACUUUCUCUCUCACCUAGAUUUAUUAUUACACCUAACACUUUUCCUUUUCUUCUUUCUUUGUAUCACUUUCGAUCUUUCGAUUCAAUCGCUUGUCCCUUCUUCAGAGCUAAUAAUUUUGCACUGUUCUUUCUUAACGUCUUACGAAUCCUCUUCCAACCACCAUUUGAAUGAUAUAUAAAACGAAAAGAAUUACAAUGCUAUUACAUACAACAUUUGGUUCUAAUUCAUUGCCUAAUUUUCAUUGUAUCGAGACAAUGUUUUUUAUUUUGUAGGUAAUUAUCUGUAUUUUAGGAUAAAACUAAUGCUAAAUGAAUACGAGACUACACCGCAUCUUCACGUUCUAGUAACUCUAAAGCACUUUUCUUCUUUAAAAAUUUGAGUGUUUGACGCGCUACCUGGAUCUUGUUGACUUUAUUUCGAAAACGAUACACAAACCAUCGGAAAGUGCACAUUUUAGCAAGCAAUUUGAAAAGAAAAACAAGUUUGUACGAUUUUUUUUUAUCGAGUUAUCCCAUUCUGUAGUUAUUCGUGCGUUUAAACAUUCGCAGUGUAGUAAUGAUCUGCAGAUGAAAGAUGAAGCAUCGAAAAUGAAUAACUGUGUGGCAAAUAUAUCCUAAAAACAUUUGGUAGCUCUUGUAAAAAGACUAUUUAUUAAGUGAUAUUCCUAAUCUAUUUUAGUGUUUAAUGAAGCAAGAGACAAUUUAGUGACACGUGACAGAAUGCGCAUUUUGGACGAAAAUUGUUUAUUGCUGUCCGUUGCGAUAAGAUCGCCAUAAAUAGAACAUUUGCGCGAAUAAAAGUCAAUUUGUUUACGCUAGAUAGUCAACUUACGUGACCCUAGUGCCACGACCAACUUUAUUACCUCACAAUGAUGCAGUGUUACUUCAUAGUGUCGCUUAGAAUAAAAAUUGACCACUACUCUCGCUUGCACGUUAAACUCUAUAAAAUACGCUGCAUUUAUCAGUAGAAAUUCAGUAAGUUGUAUAUUAAGAUGUCCCGAACGUGUAAAUAUGAUCUAAAAAUAACCGAAAGUAGGUGAAAACAAUAGAGAAGUAUUUAUUUGUACAUGGAAUAAAAUUUCAAUAAACUCUCGUGUCUAUUUCAAUUAUUAGAACGCAAAUAUCUUGCACCUUACACUGCUAUAAAU